AAGUGCUGGGUGAAGCCAAGAACUCUCUGAGCUUGUCUGAGCACCAGCUGGUGGGUGAGUAACAGUCUUCAUUCCGCUCUCCUGGCUUUAAUGCUGAUGACGUCAGCAUCAUUUUUUGAGGCUUUUGCGCCCAUUCCCAUUUUCCGUGCCAAGCUGCCACCACCAACGCCAUCAUCCCUUCGACGCCGAAAGGAGGGGCUGUCACUCAUCGGCAACGUUGAUUUGCAUGGUUAGGUUGGAGUAAGGACGGUUUUGAAACCUAUUGGUAAUUGGUAUCGCGAGCUUGAAUGCUAUCCAUGACAUUCCAAUGUCCAAGAGCACCAAUCAUAGUUCCUGCUUGUGAACAAGGCAACAAUUGAUUCAUCCCACCGUCAUGAAGUCUCAUGCCACCACUUUUCGAUUGGCUUUCGCUCUGAGUCUUCUAUUUAUUUCCUCGUCGGCAUUUCAAGUCUUCCCAAACUAUAACUUCAAUGGAAAGAAACAUAGUUCAGUGUACCAAAGCAGCCUUCAGGUGGGUGACCACUACGACGACGAUGAAGCACUAGCAGAAUUAGAUGGAAUAAAAGCCGAUAUCGAUGAUUUUAGCCGUGACGACGAGUUUCAAAAACGAGCCAAUCGAUGGAUCCUCCUGGUUGACGAUGAAGCAUCAAUUCGCAAGAGUGUAGGUCAAUUGCUCUUUGACCGAGGCUUUCAAGUUACGGCAUGUGCCGAUGCCCCCACAGCACUCCAAGUCGCCAAGGAACGCCGAGAUGACAUGGGCAAUUCCCGUCUUCCGGAUGUCAUUGUUAGUGACAUUCGCAUGCCGGAUAUGGAUGGGCUGGAGUUCUUGCAAGUCCUGCGGCAAGAUGAUCGGCUACAAGCCAUUCCUGUGGUGUUGUUGACGGCCAAGGGGAUGGUACAGGACCGAAUUGCUGGAUACAAUGCCGGAGCAGAUAUCUACCUACCCAAACCGUUUGAUCCCGAAGAGUUGCUAUCCAUCUGUGAUGGCCUCAUCGCGCAGUAUGAAAUUCUCAAUGGUGCAGACAUUGAAAUGGACGAUCUCCGCCAAGAUUUAGACGAGAUCAAAUACAUGCUUUUGGAAAAGGGCGGAGGGGGUGUUGGCAAUGGCUGGGUCGAUGAAGGCACCAAUGUCUUUCUGGCGCCGGAUGAGAGAGAAGUCUUGGAGCUGCUCUGUCAGGGCCUAAGGAAUCAAGAGAUCGCGGACAAGACUUUUCUCUCCAAACGACGAGUGGAACAGCUAUUGACCAACAUGUAUCGAAAGGUCAACGUGAAAAACAGAACCGAGCUAGUAAGGUGGGCAGUGUCCAGUGGCAAUGUGAAGAUAUAGCAGAGCUGCCGGUGCAUUUUAUUUGAAAUGAAUGGGAUUAUUUGCGACAGCCAAGCGCUUUAGAGGAGCAGGGUCUUCGUGAUGGAAGCCGCAUACCUGUUUGAGUGGCAUCUUGCGCUGUCAAAAGAGCAACAAAAUGUGUGCUGACAGUACGCAUGUAAGCACAAAACGGGUUCGACCAGAAGCGCUACAACGUCCACGUUCAAGGCGUUCCAGUGUUUUUGUGCCAUUCAAUGUUCGCAGGGCCUGAGUUGGAGGAACCUGCACCUUCUUGCGGCACACGGUACUGUAGUAGGUGCCGGUACUCGUACUCCAGUAAUCAUCUAGCUAGAGCACAUUGACAAAUAAAAUAAAGCUCCCUGUACAG